AUGGACUAUGUGCCUGUGUCAUCUGGCUCACCCUGGCAGGCAUUCUACGAUGUGGUCUUUCACCCCCUUGCCGGCGUGCCCGGGCCGUUUACAUGGAAGAUCUCGAAUCAGCCGCUGACAGUCUCAAUCAUGCGUGGAAAUAGAGCGCAGACCCUGAUGGCACUGCACAGACAGUACGGUCCGGUCUUGAGGGUCGGACCCAAUGAAGUAUCGUUUGCCGACCCAGGUGUAUAUCGCCAGAUUUACUCAACAAGGGCCACCGCCAAGGACGAUCGAUUCUACAGCAAUGGUAGAUUCAGAAAUCAUGAUAAUAUCUUCAGUAUGAGGCAAGAAUGGCGUCUUUCCAAAAAUAAAGCCGAGCACUCUGCUCGGAGGAAGAUCCUCAACCUGGUCUUUUCCCAGCAGAAGUUGCUGGAGAACCAGGAUUUCGUCGUCGAGAGAAGCAGGGCGCUGGUCCGGCGAAUUUCAGAGGCGUCCCAAAUCAAUGGGCGAUAUGGAACUCCAACAGCUGCUAUCUUCGAGCUCUUGGGACUCUUUAGUGUCGAAGUCAUCUGCAAGUUUACGUUUGGGUUCGAGUUUGAGGACGACACCAUGAAAGCCGGUCUGGCGUUUCUAAGAGGGAUGGAAAACAGUGCCGCCAGGCUUCCUCUGAAUGCCAACUUUCCUUUCCUCGAUUCCUGUGGAAUUGGCAAGCGACUCCCCGGCGCCAUUGGAGCCGCCUACCGUGGGUUCGAAGUGUGGGAGAAUAUGAAUCGCGAGCUUCUCGUGGAAUUCCAGCGGCGGUCUCGAGACGAAGCAAAAGCACAGGGCCAGAAUCUUUUCGCGAUUCCACUUCUUGAUGCCACAGACCAAUACCAAGGGAGGCAGCUCACCACAUCAGAAGUUGAAGAAGAGAUUAUGGGUAUCACCUUUGCAGGAAGCGGCACCACAUCGAACACGCUCGCCUUUCUUAUUUACGCAUUGUCGAGGCCCGAAGGACAGUGCUAUCAAGACGAACUUCGGAAAGAGCUUUUGGCGAACGGCGGCGACUACUUUACAAUCAAAGACUUGCCCUACCUAAAGGCAGUCAUUAAAGAAACCCUGCGGCUCUUUCCAACAAUCGUCUCCACUCUUCCACGUAUCCUCGAUACCGACCAGAUGAUCGCCGGUUUUAAUCUGCCUAAAGGUACGGUCGUAGGAAUGCAGAACUAUGUUCACCACCGGGACCCAGUCCUCUUCCCACGCCCGGACGAGUUCAUACCAGACCGCUGGCUAAAUGAAGACACGAAGAACCUGAAUGAUGCCUUGACGCCAUUCUCACUUGGAAACCGCAAUUGUAUCGGGCAGAACCUGGCCAUGAUAGAGAUAUGCAUAGCCGUGAGCGAGGUAUUUAGAUCGCUACGGCUGACAUUGAACAAGUCCAUGUCGGAGGACGAUAUGGAGAUUGAGGACAGAUUCGCCGCCGCUCCGCGGGGGCGAAAACUGUUGGUAGAUGUCGAUAUACUGUCGAAGCAGAUGUAG